UUACCGCUACGGGGGAGUCGAGCCCGGGGGGAGUUUGGCUGGCCCUACAACGUUGUCUGGCACCCAGGGUACCUGCCCCCGAGAAUCUGCUUGGGAGAUUGCCAAUAAACCCUACCAGUGUGGGGAGUGCAACAAACGGUUUAUGGAGAGGAGUAAUCUGGAGAAUCACAAGCGGACUCACACGGGUGAGAAACCCUACAAGUGUGAGGAGUGCGGUAAGGUGUUCGGUCAGCUGGGUGGUCUGACAAGACACAAGAAGAUUCACACAGGAGAGAGACCCUUCGCGUGUGGGAGAUGCAGCAAGCAGUUCAGUAGGCUGUGUCAUUUAAAGACUCACAUGCGGACUCACACAGGUGAGAAACCCUACAAGUGUGAGGAAUGCGGCAGGCAGUUAAGUGAUCAGCGCGAACUAAAGAACCACAUACGUAUUCACACAGGCGAGAAACCCUACAUGUGUGACCAGUGUGGCAGACAGUUCAGUCGACUGCGUUGUAUGAAGGUGCACAUGCAAACUCAUACAGGAGAAAAACCUUACAGUUGUGAGGAAUGCGGCAGGCAGUUUGCUACCAUGCAUGCACUAACAUCUCACAAGCGGACUCACACAGGUGAGAAACCUUACAAAUGUGACGUAUGCAGCAGGCAAUGCAGGAACACAGGUCAACUGAAGAUUCACAAGCGGACCCACACAGGGGAGAAACCCUACAGGUGUGAGAUGUGUGGUAAACAGUUCAGUACACAUGGUACACUGAAGUGUCACAUGCAAACUCACACUGACGAGAGACCCUACAGGUGUGAGGAGUGUGGUAAGCUGUUUAGGGAUUUAUCUGGUCUGAAGGUACACAUGCGAAUUCACACGGGAGAGAAACCCUACGCUUGUGAGCAGUGCGGCAGGCAGUUCAGUCAGAGGGGGAAUCUAAAGACUCACAUGCGGACUCACAACAAGAAACAGUCCCCAACAAAGUGUUGAAGUAGAGAUAUUGGAAACAGGUCAUCUGCAGGGCUAGGGACAAUUGAAAAACUGAAGUACGUGUAUAACAACUUACUGCAAGAAAGAAGAAGAUCGGUUA